AUGGCAAAGGAAACGGAAGUUUAUGUGCAAAUCGCUCUGGACGAUAUGCCCGAGGAUAUGCGAACAAGUAUGCUGGAAUUGAUCGAGAAAUACGCCGCUGUCAGUCACCUAGUUGGCAAACUGAUCAAACUGUAUCAGGAACGCCGAAAAAUAUUCGUGAUUCAAGGUUUCGACUGGACAGUGAGCUCAAGAAAGAAAGUGCUCAACCGGUCGGACAUGGGCGACACAAAUCGAACAGAACUGGAUCACUCGUAUUCCUGGCGGCCAUCGCUAUUUGUUUCACGUCCGAUAGCUCUGAAAGAACUACAUCGAGCGUUCAGUUUACCACAUUCUAGCACCGGCACCUCGUCGUUCACCGAAAGCCACUCGGAUCUGCGCGUGACAACCAGUGAGGAUGCGGACGUUGAAGAACCGGGACCAGCGGAAGGGGUGAUGGUGGUGGCACACCACAAACAGGGACCAGUAAAAAAGACGGGCUCAAACAAACGGAAAAGAAUGAGACGAAAAGCACGUAUUGUGUCUCCGUACACGCGGCUACGAAUACAAUUUUCUGAACUAUUGAAGAAACGUAUGCUGAAACAGGCUCGUUAA